UAAUUGGCUUAGCCUCAGAGAGUGAGAGGUAUAUAUAUGCUCGCGCCCUUCUUUAGGGUUUUAGCUAAGCCGCAAAGCAGCUACCAGUCCACCGGCAACCACAUCAAACUCGCCGCCGCGCCUCAUCUCCUCCGUCACUUCCACAAGCACCGUCCUCUUCUUCAAUCAGUUCCGACCGGCAAAGCCAUGGACGCCGGAAUCGAAGACCUGGAGAGGAAGAAGAAGAAGGAGGAGAAGGCAAGAGAGAAAGAAUUGAAGAAGCAAAAGGCGCUAGAGAAGGCCGCCAAGUUUCAGGCACAACAGGCGAAUGUGGCUUCGAAGAAGAGUGAGAAGAAGAAUGUGAAGCGUGCCAAUGAGGAGGAUGCAAAUGCAGCUGAAUUUGUUGAUCCGCCGACUCCGUUUGGCCAGAAGAAGCAGAUGUCUAAGCAGAUGGCCAAACAGUACAGUCCUACUUCUGUGGAGAAAGGGUGGUAUGAGUGGUGGGAGAAGGCAGGAUAUUUCGAAGCAAAGGCUGAGAGCACAAAACCUCCGUUUGUGAUUGUCUUGCCGCCUCCGAAUGUGACUGGCGCGCUUCAUAUAGGCCAUGCUCUUACUGCUGCUGUUGAGGACACUAUGAUUCGCUGGCGAAGAAUGUCAGGUUACAAUGCCUUGUGGGUGCCUGGAAUGGACCAUGCUGGGAUUGCCACUCAGGUUGUUGUAGAAAAGAAGCUGAUGCGUGAGCGUAAUAUAACCCGGCAUGAUAUUGGUCGUGAGGAAUUUGUAUCUGAAGUUUGGAAAUGGAAAAAUAAUUACGGGGGCACUAUUUUAAAGCAGCUACGUCGUCUGGGUGCGUCAUUGGAUUGGUCCCGUGAGUGCUUUACAAUGGACGAGCCGAGGUCAAAGGCUGUGACAGAGGCUUUUGUACGGCUUCAUAAGCUAGGGCUCGUCUACAGGGAUAACCGCCUGGUGAAUUGGGAUUGUGUAUUGCGAACAGCAAUAUCUGAAAUUGAGGUGGACUAUAUAGAUAUAAAAGAAAGAACAGCUCUUGAGGUUCCUGGAUACAAGAAGCGCAUCGAAUUUGGCGUUUUAACAUCAUUUGCAUACCCUCUGGAAGACAAUUUAGGGGAGAUAGUUGUGGCGACAACCAGAAUUGAAACUAUGCUCGGUGAUACUGCUAUAGCUGUACAUCCAGACGAUCACAGAUAUAAACAUCUUCAUGGAAAGCAUGCCAUUCAUUCAUUCAAUGGAAGAAGAAUUCCUAUAAUCUGUGAUGCAAUACUCGUUGAUCCAGAGUUUGGGACUGGUGCUGUGAAGAUUACUCCGGCCCAUGAUCCUAAUGAUUUUAGUGUUGGAAAGCGCCAUAAUCUUGAGUUUAUAAAUGUCUUUACUGAUGAUGGAAAAAUAAACCAAGAUGGUGGAGAGUUUGAAGGAAUGCCACGCUUCACAGCCCGGGAGGCAGUUACUGAAGCAUUAAAGAAGAAGGGCCUCUUCAGAGAAUCAAAGGCAAAUGAGAUGCGUCUUGGUGUGUGCUCUAGAAGCAAGGAUGUUGUUGAACCGAUGAUAAAGCCCCAAUGGUAUGUCAAAUGUAGUGGUAUGGCCAAGGGAGCCCUUGAUGCUGCUAUAGAUGUUGAUAAUAGAAAGCUUGACAUCACCCCGAGACAGUAUGCUGCUGAUUGGAAGAGAUGGCUGGAGAACAUUCAUGAUUGGUGCGUCUCACGGCAACUUUGGUGGGGCCAUCGUAUUCCGGCCUGGUAUGCCAUUUUUGAUGGUGACAAACCUGAAGAUUUUGGAACACUAAAUGACCGAUGGGUGGUUGCGAGAAAUGAGGAAGAGGCUAAAGCAUUGGUUGGUCAAAGAUACGAGGGGAAGGAGGUUAAAUUAGAACAGGAUCCUGAUGUACUUGACACAUGGUUUUCUUCUGGUCUCUUCCCUUUGUCUGUGUUGGGGUGGCCAGAAGAUACAGAAGAUUUAAGAGCUUUCUAUCCAACUUCAGUUCUUGAAACUGGACAUGACAUUCUCUUUUUCUGGGUUGCUCGUAUGGUAAUGCUUGGAAGUACGUUGGGUGGUGAUUUGCCUUUCACAAAGGUGUACUUGCAUCCAAUGAUUCGUGAUGCACAUGGACGUAAAAUGUCCAAGUCCUUAGGGAAUGUCAUUGAUCCUCUUGAUGUGAUCAAUGGUAUUUCACUGGAAGAUUUACACAAUAAGCUUUCAGAGGGGAAUUUGGACCCAAGAGAGAUAGCUAUAGCCAGAGAAGGCCAGAAAAAGGAUUUUCCUGAUGGUAUUGCUGAAUGUGGUUCUGAUGCGUUGCAUUUUGCCCUGGUCUCGUACACCGCUCAGUCUGAUAAGAUAAAUUUGGACAUCCAAAGGGUGGUGGGUUAUCGACAGUGGUGUAAUAAACUUUGGAACGCCGUACGAUUUUCUAUGAGCAAACUUGGGGAUGAUUAUCUCCCGCCAUCAUCAGUAGUCCCAGAUGUGCUUCCAUUCAGUUGCCAGUGGAUACUCUCGGUACUAAAUAAAGCCAUCUCCAAAACUGUUUUGUCAUUGGAAUCAUAUGAAUUCUCCGAUGCAGCCACUGCAGUGUAUCAUUGGUGGCAGUACCAAUUGUGUGACGUAUUCAUUGAAUCUAUAAAACCCUACUUUGCUGGAGCUGAUCCAAACGAUCCAAAGUUUGCAUCUGAAAGAGCUUUUGCACGAGACACGCUAUGGUUGUGUCUGGACAAUGGACUACGGCUGCUUCACCCAUUUAUGCCUUUUGUUACUGAAGAACUAUGGCAGCGUCUCCCAUCAUCCAAACAUCAUAGUAGGCCAGCAUCAAUCAUGAUUUCCGACUACCCAUCCAUUGUGGAGUGCUGGACAAAUGAAGGGGUGGAGUCUGAAAUGAGUCUUAUUGACUCAAUUGUGAAAUCCCUCCGGUCACUAUCUCAAGAGAGUCGUGAAAGGUUACCAGCUUUUGUGCUGUGUCGAUCUAUGUUAGAUGGGGAAAUUAUACGCAGACAACAACUCGAGAUUGAAACUCUUGCUAAUUUGUCAUCUCUGGCGGUAAUCAAUGAGAAUCAUGCAGCCCCAACUGGAUGCGCUGUGUCAGUUGUAAACCAAAGCCUCUCUGUUUAUCUGAAGAUUUUAGGGUCUCGUUCUGCAGAGAUAGAUCUUGAAAAGAUCCGUAAAAAGAUGGAAGACAUUAAAUUGCAACAGGAGAAGAUAAUGAAGGUGAUGAGUGCUACUGGUUACAAUGAAAAGGUCCCUGAGAAGAUUAAGAAAGCCAAUGCAGAGAAACUUGAAUCCCUCAAGAAGGAAGAACUGUCUCUUGAAGAGGCAAGCCAACACAUGGAAGUGCAGAUUUCAAGCAGUAAGCAAGAUUGACUUUCUAUAUUACGGACUAUGCAGACCACAUAGAGGGAUGAUAAGCUUUCAGAUUUUGCAUGCCAGCUCUGGAUAUGAAAAUGUUGCUGCUAAUGUUUUGAAUAGCAGCAUCUACAUUUUUUUUUUCUCCAAAUAGCUUCUGUUUGCCAUGUAUUACAGGACAUUGUACUAUUUGUUUCAGCUUAUUUGCUAAAAUGAAAAGAGAACAUGAAUGAUAUUCUUAUUUGAAUCGAUCAAGCUAAAUUCCAAUUGCUUA